CGUUUCCUACUAAAAAAACGCAACGCACAUAAAAAUCUGAAACGGCGCAUUAACCUGCCUCACCAGAUGUCUCAUCGAUCACAUGGUGUCGGUGUGAGCUUAACGACAGGUGUAGUGACCACUGCCCUCCACAGAGCCGCAACAACUACCUAGCACCGAAAGUGAGUGCAAGAAAUAGAUAGUGUUUAGAGGCCCCCAUAGAUAUCCAGAAACUGAUCGAAACCACCGAAAAAAUGCCUAUCCAACCAGAAGCAGAUAGGGAUGUAUCAACCCUGAACCAAACCCAGAAGCCGAAUCUAGUGAUAACCCAAAACAUGUCUAACGUUACAGCAGAAGAAGAUGAAACAAGAACAACCCAGAAGCCGAUGCCUCCGCAAGAAGAAGAAGAAGAUAGAGAUGUAUCGACCCAGAACCCGAAUCGAGUGAUAAACCAAAAGCAAAACGUGUUUGAUGGAAGGGAAGAAGAAGAUGAAACAAUAACACCCCAGAAUCCGAAUCUGGAGAUUCCGGAGGAUAUCAUCACCGACAUCCUGAAACGGCUGCCGGCCAAGUCUCUGGUUCGGUUCAGAUGCGUGUGCAAGCCAUGGGACUCUCUGCUCACAGAUCCCACCUUCAUCAAAUCUCAUCUGGAGCGAAACCGAUGCUUAUUCCAAUCCAAUCUCAAAACCAACACUCGGCUCAUUCUGGCCAGGUAUUGCGACACCCUUUUGUCUACCACCGACUCGGAAACCAAGAACGUUAUGCAAGCAGAGGAGCUCGACUUUCCUCUGGUUAAGAAUCUGCCCUAUUACGUUAAGGGUCACUGUGAUGGGUUGCUAUGUCUGGUUAUCAACGACGGCGAAGAGGGUAUGCUUGUAAUUUACAACCCUUCGAUUCAACAGUACAGGAAGCUACCCAGCCCUGCGGGGUUUCGAAGCACUAGGGAGGCGAUUGGGAUUGGUUAUGAUAAGACUAAACAAGAUUACAAGGUUGUCAGAGUGCCAUCAAACUAUUGCAGGAUGAAGGUCCCUGGUUACAAGCCUAAAGUUGAGGUCUUGGAACUCAAGUCCAAUACUUGGAGGCAAAUCCCAGAGGAGGACACACCUCCUUAUUUCGUCGAGCAUAUUUUUCAGGCUACUGAGGUGAAUGGUGGGCUGUAUUGGUUGGUUGAGGACCAUCAUACCGCUAGCUGUGUGAUUUUGAGGUUCGAUUUGGCUGAGGAGAAGUUCAGGGUGAUUGCGCCGCCUCCUGAUGAGUGUUCCAGGAGCAUAGCCUGGAUUGGACCUUUGAAGGAUUGGCUGUGCGUGGUGCACACUAGAAGGUUGAGUGAUGUGCAUGUUUGGGCUACAAAAGAUGACAUGACUUGGACAAGGAUCAUAACUACUUCCAAGUUUCCGAAGAUUCCAGGGAGAGAUCCGUUUAUGGAUUCGUUUCGGUAUAUGCCAUUGUGUUAUACUGAGAAAGGAGCUGUGCUGAUGAGUGUUAGGGGGGAGAAUUUUCUUACCUUUGAUCACAGGAACAAUGUGUUUGAACGUGUGGACAUCCGUGGCGCCAAGCAUUGGCUGCAGGAGACUCUGUAUUGCGAGAGCCUUGUUUCGCCGGGUGUUGGUGUCCACCAGACUGAGGCGGCUAGGGGUUCUGGCUCCGGUGUCAAUCUUCUUCCACGUGAUGACCAAGCAGAGGAAGAGGAUGAUGGGGAGGCCGAAAGUAGCAGCAGCGUUCUGCGGAUGAUGGCUAGUUUGAAGAGGGAGCUCGCCAACUUGUUGGCUUGUACCGUUGGCCUCAGGAAUGCACAAGGAUGAGAAGACUUGUUCUUGUCCUUACUUUUAUAUCAGUAAGGCCAGCUCUGUUUUUAUUUGCCUCUGCCUGUUGUUUGUUUUGUGGUUGUCAAUCUUUAAGGCUUUUGCUUAUAUAAGAAAGUAAAGAAACACAGACACCUACCGGCUCAAUAAUUGAGUCAACGAUGUAAUGGUCAAGUCAUCUUUCACACUAGCUAUGGACGGUUUACUUCAUUCA